AUGGCCAAAAAGCCCGUAAAGUACUCUGUGGUGGACGCGUUCACCGACUCGCCGUUCAAGGGAAACCCGGCGGCGGUGUGUUUGUUGGAGGAGGAAAGAGACGAGGAGUGGUUGCUAGCAGUUGCUCGCGAGUUCAAUAUCUCUGAAACGUGUUACUUGACUCGGAUCACCGAUUCUGAGUCCGAGUCUCAUGACUUGCCUAAUGGAACCAUAACUACCCCCAGGUUCCGCCUCAGGUGGUUCACUCCUGUUGCUGAGGUAAACCUUUGCGGUCAUGCAACUUUAGCAGCUGCACACAUUCUCUUCACGUCUGAUUUGAUAAAUGCUGAUGAAGUUGAGUUCUCGACACUAUCAGGAAUAUUAACUGCAAAAAGGGUGUCAAAGGCCAAAAAGUUAGAUUCAUCGUCCCUCCAGAAUGGUGAAGCACAAGGUAGCUUCUUCAUUGAAUUGGAUUUUCCAGUUGUGUCAACGAUUGACUUUAACUGUGCUGAGGUUGCCGCAAUAUCUAAAAGCUUGAAUGGUGCUUCUGUACUUGACAUAAAGAAGACCGCCACNUCCAGUUGUGCCAACAAUUGA